AUGGAUACCGCCGAAUCUGUCCCUGACGUGCGGUCUGACACUGCAACUGAGCUCGAUCCACACCCUGGCACUCACGGAUGCCCAGAGGAAUCCGACUCGACCUACCCUUCACAGCUUCUCUGGGCCUUCCAGCUGAAGCGACAGCAUGCGAAUCAUAUCGAGAAGACCCUUGCGAUCGAGAUGCGACUGAAUACAUACGACAUUGACCUCAAGUCACUGAAAGGGAAGGUCGACAGACAGACGGCCGCCUCCAAAGAGAAACACGGUACCGCGCAGGCAUUGAAGAAGCUAGAGGAGCUGCAGCAAUCACUGAAGGACGAGCUGGGGGAAUUCAGGGUUAAGGUGGAAGCACAACAGAAGACUUGGAACCAGAAUAUUGAGCAACUGAAGGGCAUGCUGGAAAAGCUGCAGGGCAAGCAGGAGGAUUCGGAGGGGAACUUGCAUGAGUUCGAGAUUGAUCUCGUAGCGACCCAAAGCCGUCUUGCCAAUAUCGAGGCCAGCACAAGCGACCAAGAGGGAAGCGUUCUUCCGAGGAAGAACGACAAGACUGAUGCCGUCGUUAUGACCCGGAGGAUCGAUGCAGUUGAGGCAAACCUACGCAUUUUCGAGGCGCAACGCCGCGCGGAUUCAGAGACAAUUGAGCAAUUGAAGAUCCGGCUUGCACAAUUCCACUCCCAGAACCAACGCCCGAGCAAGGAGGAAGCUCAGGCGGCGAAGACGCCACUGUUUCCGGAAUCAAGCCCAUCAAGGAUUGCAUCAUCAGCGCUCGUUAGUCCGCUGGUGUUGAAGCAACAUCGAAGUGCGGGUCCUCGCCUCAUUCACGGCGGCAGAAAGGACAUCAAGAUUAAUGCUCACCGCUUGCGGCGUUCAGCUCGACUUGCCAAAGGAAGAAGCAAGUCGACCUCGGAGAUUGUCCGUUUCGUCAACUGGGGCUUGAAAAGGAACACAUAUCGUGGGUUGAAGUCAAUCGAAAGGACAUGUCCCAAGGCCACACCAGACAGAAGGCUCCUGGCAGACGGACACGAAGCGGAAUGCAACGGAAAUGAAGCUCAACAUCAUCAAAAUAGUAUCCAAACAGCCGGGACAGAGCCAAACAUUUCAAUGAUUCAGGACGCUGCAACCACUCAACAUCAAUCCACCACACCCUCCCACCACGAUCCAAUGAAACCUACUCGUUUCUGGCCACAAAGCGUCCAGCGCAAACGUCGAUUCCUGGAGAUUCUGCAGAGCCCACCGGUGGCGUCGCACUAA